CCUAGAUCAUCUUCUUUCUCCCCCACCUCACCCCAUCAUGGCUGCGUGCUGCAGUUUGAAGAACGUGUGUGAGUAUGAAACCAAUAAAGUUGUGCGUAUCCGGAGCAUUUACUACGGGAGCCUCAAGUGGGCUAUCCAUACUGCUGUCUUCCUUUACGUCGUCAUCGUACUUAUUGCUGAUAGGCGCUAUCAGAAGAAGGACUCUGUCAUCAGCUCUGUACACACAAAAGUGAAAGGAGUGUCUCAGGCUGACAUGAGGAUCUGGGACACUGCAGAAUACACAAUCCCCAUGCAGGGAAUAGAUUCCUUUUUUGUGAUAACCAAUACGAUCGUGACAGAAAACCAAAUCCAGGGACUUUGUCCUGAGUACCCCAUUGCCAAAGCUGUUUGCUCUACUGACAGCAGCUGUAUGAAAGGUCGCAUGGACCCCCAGAGUAAUGGAAUUCAGACAGGCAAAUGUGUGAAGUACAACACAACUAUCAAAACAUGUGAGGUUGCAGCUUGGUGCCCUGUGGAAUCAGUUAAAAGUGCUCCAGUGCCUGCUCUUCUGAGAAGUGCUGAAAACUUCACUGUGCUCAUAAAAAACAACAUUCACUUUCCAAAAUUCAAUUAUACAGCAAGAAACAUUUCUCCAGAGUUUAAUAUUUCCUGCACGUACAACAAGAUCACCGCUCCAUACUGCCCAAUUUUCCGGCUGGGGGAUAUUCUCCACGCUGCAGGAGAGAACUUUUCAGAAGUGGCUGUUCAGGGCGGCAUCCUCGGCAUUGAAAUUAACUGGGACUGCAUCCUGGACAACUGGCUUCACCGUUGCAAACCCAAGUAUGGAUUCCGUCGCUUAGAUGACAAACGAGCCAGUGAAGCUUUGUAUCCUGGCUACAAUUUUAGAUUUGCAAAGUAUUACAAGCAGGCCGAUGGAAAGGAGGAGAGGACACUGAUCAAAGCCUACGGCAUCCGCUUCGACAUCCUCGUCUUUGGCACAGCAGGCCAGUUUAAUUUCUUUGAGCUGCUGGUGUAUGUAGGUUCUGCACUCUCCUACUUCGGCCUGGCUCAGUUUGUUGUUGAUUCUCUGAUUAAGUCAUAUACUUUACCCUGCUUCAAAAGCAACCCGGUGAAGGAAUUCUACUACCAAAAAAAGUGUGAGUCAGUGCCAGGACCAAGAUGGACUCUGCUGUAUGUGUCUUUUGUGGAUGAGUCACACAUCGUUAUGAUUGACAAAAUGUUGAAGACGAGCCUGCAGAAUAUUAAAGGCGAGAUUAUUCCGAGACAUAUAAGCAAUAUUACACCUGUCCUCAAACUUUCACUGCAACAUCUGGAAGAAGUUGCAUCUCUUGGAAACUCUGAGGAACUACAACCCCUUCAAAGGAAAGAGGAUGCCUCUUCAUCCCACAAGCGUCCUGCUUGGUGUGUCUGUGGAAAAUGCCUCGUAGCUCAGCCCUACUGGGAGCAGCUCUGUUGCCGAAGGAAGGCUGGGCCAUGUAUCACAACUUCAGCUUUGUUCAGCCAGCUUGUGCUCUCCAGAUCAAUGCUGCAGUUUGUCCUCCUCUACAAUGACCCCUUGUUGGACAUGAAGACAGAGAAUUUCAACAAGAAAUUUCGGCACUGUGCUUACAAACAGUACAUUCACUGGCGCUUUGGAGAUGAGGAGCUGGAGCAAAGGGCCAUGAUACCGAACUGCUGCAGGUGGAAAAUCAGAAAUGCUUUUCCUAGUGAAAAUGGCGAGUACACUGGCUUCAGGAAGAAGUAGUAAUCUUUCACCAAGAUUUUAUUCUAUAGCAUUAGUAUAAACAGGGGUAAAAGAUUCAGUGAGUAGGCAUUGCCUCCUCUGUUAAAGACUCUGUCCCUGCCAAGCAGCCCCUUAAUGUCCGACCCAUCACGACCCCAUGGACAACAUUCCUCCAGGCCUUCCUGUCCUCUGCCAUCCCCUGGAGUCCACCUAAGCUCACACCCACUGCUUCAGUGACUCCAUCCAGCCACCUCAUCCUCUGCCUCCCCUUCUUCUUUUGCCAUCUAUUGUUCCCAGAGCCCCUUAAUAUUUGCAUAUUAUUUGUUAGACUAAACUACAGAGAUCUGAGUUCAAAUCCAUGGAGCUCACUGGGUGACCCUGGGCCAGUCACUUUCUUUGCCUCAGCUUACAAUAUUUCUGCGAAGAUAAAAUGCUGGGGGAAGAAUUAGGUAUGCUGUACAUUGGGGAAGUGACAUAAAUGGGAAUGUACAAGCUUGCUCAGUAUUUCCUCCUAGUUGAUGCUUGAAGGAAACACAGCUGGCACUGAUUAAUGCCAAGGCCUACUUGCUUUCUGGAUCUCCACCUGCCGAGCAAGCAAGUUCUAGUGAUGAUGAGAAAGAAACUGAGGGGACCUUUAUACUUUGUGCUUAAGCCAUUAAAAUAGACCAAGCCCUCCGAAACAGAACAAUUGCUUAUGCAUGAGAAUGCGUAAGCCUUGUUGAUGCAGAUCCACUGUGAAUCCCUCCAUUUCUUUGUGUAUCUUUUUUUAUUAGGCCAGUCAUCUCCAUUACAAUAAUUUCAGUAAUUAUUUUACAUUGUGCCCCAGUUCAUCCCAAACCAAAGGAAAAGGGCUCUGGGGAACAGAUCUUCUGUUCUAGGAAAUUUGCUUGGGACUGGAACCCCUCGGGGGUGGGGUGCCAAAGUCCCAGGCCAAGCAGAGCCCCUGCUGCCAAUCCCCACACACAAGACCAUCGUUGCCCCCACUCAGUGCCUUGGCACGUGAGUUUGGAAAUGUUGCUUUCUACUAUUCAAGCUGUUUUGCUUUGAAUAUUUGCAGUGAGACAAAGCAAACCACCUGGCACACUGAGAUAUAGAAACAUAGAAACAGAGUGAGUCAGAAGGGGUCUUCCAGGCCAUCUAGUCUGACCCACAGCUCCAGCCGGCUCUGCUCAUGACAUGCCCACCAUAGCUCAGUGGUAAAAAGCUUGUUCUUCAUUUAGAAACUCCCAAGUUUGGCUCCCACUCUGCCUGGUUAGAAGGAUCAGUGGGCAGGUGAGGAGAAAGCCCUUGCUGUGCAGAGACCUGAGAAGAUGUCAUCACCAGGUGGAGCAAUUGCGUUUGGACUCGGCAGAAGAGCACUCUCUGUUUUUGAAAAGUGGCUGCACACAGCCAUGGAUGAUUCACUGCUAAUGCUGUUUUGAUGAUAUGCUUAUGAAAAGCAAGUUACUUGUUUUUAGUCAGAGUUAAUAAACUUAAGAGUUGUUAUUAACCACCCAA